AUGACAGUGUGCGGCCUCCUGCUCCAGAACGAGACCCUGAAACGUGCAGGUGGCACCGAAGUGGAAAAAGGCAGUGGCAAGUACCAGUUCUACCUGUGGAUGGCUGGCACGUGCCUCUGCGGGCCGCUGGGCCUCUACUUCCUGCACGAGGCGCUCAAGCACGGGCAGGCGUCGUUCGUGAUACCGGUGUACCAGUCCCUGAGCACGGUCUUCCAGCUCGUCGUUGGCGGCAUCCUGUUCCGAGAGUACGCGUCCUUCAGUCUGGCCAAGCACCUGGCGUUCUGGCCUGGCGUGCUGCUGGUGCUCGUCAGCGUCGUGGCCUUCACGCGAUACGCGGAGCAGGAGGGCGGAGCCGUGCACAGCAAGGAGGUGCCCGAGCAGCAGCCCGAGGGCGCCGGCCGCCCGGAGGCGGCCGCCCUCCCAGCGAAGGCCUGAGGGCCUGCACGCCCGGGGUGCGGCGGCGUCCUCUCCCUGCGGAGGAGGAGGAGAGCGCUGCCAGCUCCACCCCCCCUCCCUCCCGCGGGCGCCGGGCCCUCGGAGCGGGGGCCGGCCUCGCGGUGGGGAGCUCGCCGCGGGGCCGCGCGGCGCAGGGGCUCACGCCCAGGGUGCGCCUCGCGUCCCUGCGUUUGCUCCGUGUCAGCUUCGGGGGCCCUCGUCUGUCCCUCGGGUCGGUGUCUUCUCCUGUGCCCGACGCGGGCUCUCCGCUUGCAUUUUGGCCACGCCCGCGGUCGAUGCCCGCACGUGCGCACCGCGGGAAGCCCUCUCGCCCGUC